AUGUUGGGCCGUCGUCAUUUGAAGAAUAGACAGCCAACAAGGGACAAUCCAUUCUCUCCACCCUACAAUAUCAAUACCCCACCACAAUCGAAAACGACGGCCCACCCACGACGACAACCAACGCUACAACAGAAAAAGACGAACAUCGAUGAGAAGACGGCAAAGAUCACGGCCUAUUUCCCCGUUAGAAAGAGCACGAGGAGGACGGGGAAACAAUUAGAGGAGGAUCGACAUCUACAACUACGACAGGCAAUCGACAGUGGAUGCAACGAGAAGAUGCUCGAUGUCUAUCACUGUCCGCUAAAAGGCCGCGGCAUUCGCACCCUCGUCGAUUUCAAGCGGAACGAAUUUGUCGUCGAAUACAAGGGCGAAACAAUCGGCUACUCGGAGGCGAAGGAAAGAGAAUCGAGAUAUAGUGAUGAUCCCUCCAUCGGAAGCUAUAUGUAUUUCUUUGAAUAUUCCGGCAAAAAAUGGUGUAUCGACGCGACGGCCGAGACGAAAUAUAAGGGGCGACUCAUCAAUCACUCGGCCAGAAGGCCCAAUUUGUGGACAAAGUUGAUCGACAUGGACGGGCGUCCCUCGUUGAUUCUAUUGGCAAAGAGGGACAUCGAGAAGGGAGAAGAAUUGCUGUAUGAUUAUGGAGAUCGAGAUCCAUCUAAUAUCAAACAUUCUCCAUGGCUUAUCAAUUCA